GAUAUCCAGUGUGCGUCUAGGAGAGGGAUAGUAUAAAGAGGAAAGAAGGAGCAUCUCAGCAUCUCAAAGCGAUUCGUUUGGGGAUUACUGUCACACUGCCACACUGAUAAGCGCCAGCUCAACUCUCACCACAUCUGCCAUAUCAACUUGCAGACUUGUAAUUUUUAUUAUUAUUAUUAUUUUAAUUUUAUUAUUUUCAUUUUAUUUGUAUUCCUUUCAUUUAUUUAUUUUUUGGCACUGGUAAUGUGACAGAUGGAUUUUCUCACCUAAUGCUUAAUGGAACAUAUAAUAUCACGGGCUUGAUUCAUUUCUACAUCUGGAUAUUGUACCCUAUUCUGAUCUGACUUGCCAUGGAGCACAUUGUAUCUGCUGGACCCUGCGGAGAGCAUGAUUUAACAACAAACUGAGCAAUGAGUGUUUCCUUGGAGUUGCUAAAUCACCAUCCAGGGGCAACAUAUCUCAAGGAAGGCGUUCGGUGUGUGAUUCACAGACUGCUACUGAUUGCGUUGCCCACACUAACUAUUAUCCGCUUUGCUGGAUGCAGUGAGUCUGUUCAGGCAGGGGACGGAUGGAAACUAUGAAGUUGUCCAUGCUAGCAACCUUUCAUUUUCUGCUUCUCAGAAUCCUGUGUGUCUCCUGUCUUGCAAACACCCAAAUUCACUGUUUGAGAGCUCACUUCUAAUCUAAAAAAGCACUGCCUGCCUCCCUACCUGCCUGGAUCACACUGCUGGAACUAAUCACAGGCAUCAGCCUCUCUGCUAACAGCCUAAUGCAGAUGAGAUUAGUGCUUAGAAACUGCCCGGUUCACGCAAAGUAUCUCCCUGAAGUGCUUGCACCUGUGUAAUCUGCAAGCAGCAGAGCAUCUCAGCACAACCACUGUACUUUACAUUAUUAACCAGCAGUAUUUAUGAGAAUUGCUGCUAAUAUCAUCCUGAGGGCUAAUCUUUAUUCUUUUGGACUAGACUGCGCCUUUUCUUGCCUGACCAGAAAUACCCAUUUUAUAGCAUUGCAUUGUUCACCCCUGUGGCUGCAUUUAACUCGCAUUUGGAUGCAAACCAGUGACUUGCAACUUGUAUGACCUGGCUGCAUUGUUAGCAAGUGGAAUGAUUCACCCAGGACAUACCAGGAUCCUCUGUGCUGCAGAUAUGAAAAAUAGACCAGCUGCUGGCUCCAAUUAGAAAUGACAAGUAAAGCAUCUUGCAGUCAAUGCACGCCUCCUCUUGCAAAUCACCACCGUUCCUCAGUGACAACCUUUAAAUCCUAAAAUCCGAGAAAACAAAGGAAUCCCAUUAUCAUGGACCUAAGGGAUUUUUACCUGUUGGCUGCUCUCAUUGCCUGCUUAAGGCUGGAUUCUGCAAUUGCCCAAGAACUCAUUUAUACCAUCAGAGAAGAACUGCCUGAAAAUGUACCGAUUGGAAAUAUACCAAAGGAUCUGAAUAUCUCUCAUAUCAAUGCUGCCACUGGGACAAGUGCCAGCCUGGUGUACAGACUGGUAUCUAAAGCUGGUGACUCUCCCUUGGUCAAAGUGUCCAGCAGCACUGGAGAGAUCUUCACCACGUCCACGAAAAUUGACCGAGAAAAACUCUGUGCAGGUUCAGCUUAUGCAGAAGAAAAUGAGUGUUUCUUUGAACUAGAAGUUGUCAUUCUUCCCAAUGACUUUUUUAGACUUAUCAAGAUUAAAAUAAUUGUUAAGGAUACCAAUGACAAUGCACCAAUGUUUCCAUCAACUGUGAUCAACAUCUCCAUACCAGAAAAUACCCUGAUCAACAGCCGCUUCCCUAUUCCAUCAGCCGUGGACCCAGACACAGGUUUCAAUGGGGUACAGCACUAUGAACUUCUGAAUGGACAGAGUGUCUUUGGACUGGACAUUGUUGAGACACCUGAGGGGGAGAAGUGGCCACAACUCAUUGUUCAGCAGAAUCUAGAUAGGGAGCAGAAGGAUACCUAUGUCAUGAAAAUCAAAGUGGAGGAUGGAGGAUCCCCUCAGAAAUCCAGCACAGCUAUCUUACAAGUUACAGUAAGUGAUGUCAAUGACAACAAACCAGUAUUCAAAGAGAGUCAAGUGGAAGUCCACAUCCCAGAGAAUGCCCCCACAGGGACAUCAGUGGUCCAGUUACAUGCAACAGAUGCAGACAUAGGCAGUAAUGCAGAAAUUAAGUACAUCUAUGGUGCCCAAGUAACAUCUGCUACAAAAAGACUUUUUGCUUUAAAUAACACCACUGGAUUAAUCACUGUUCAAAGACCACUGGACAGGGAAGACACUGCAGUUCACAAGUUAACUGUCCUGGCAACAGAUGGCAGCUCCACUCCAGCAAGGGCAACUGUUACAAUUAAUGUGACUGAUGUCAAUGAUAACCCUCCAAAUAUUGAUCUCAGGUACAUCAUAAGCCCCAUCAAUGGCACAGUCUACUUAUCAGAGAAGGAUCCAACUAACACCAAGAUAGCCCUGAUUACUGUUUCUGAUAAGGACACAGAUGUCAACAGCAAGGUCAUCUGCUUCAUUGAAAGAGAGGUACCGUUCCACCUAAAAGCGGUUUAUGACAACCAGUACUUGCUAGAGACUUCUUCUUUGUUGGACUAUGAAGGAACCAAAGAAUUCAGUUUUAAAAUUGUUGCAGCUGACACUGGGAAGCCCAGCCUCAACCAGACGGCUUUAGUUAGAGUGGAAUUGGAGGAUGAAAAUGACAACCCUCCAAUUUUCACCCAGCCUGUAAUUGAACUCUCUGUUUCUGAGAAUAACCGUAGAGGUCUUUACUUAACUACUAUUAGUGCUACAGAUGAAGACAGUGGGAAGAACGCGGAUAUUGUGUAUCAACUUGGACCCAAUGCAUCAUUUUUUGACCUGGAUAGAAAGACUGGAGUUCUGACAGCUUCAAGAGUGUUCGACCGAGAGGAGCAAGAGCGUUUCAUAUUUACUGUUACUGCUAGAGACAAUGGGUCCCCACCACUUCAAAGCCAAGCAGCUGUUAUUGUGACUGUCUUGGAUGAGAAUGACAAUAGUCCCAAGUUCACCCACAACCAUUUCCAGUUCUUUGUGUCUGAGAACUUACCAAAGUACAGCACUGUGGGGGUCAUCACAGCUACAGACUCAGAUGCAGGUGAAAACAAAGCUGUGACCCUUUCCAUCCUGAAUGACAAUGAAAACUUUGUCUUAGAUCCAUAUUCUGGACUCAUUAAGUCCAAUGUGUCUUUUGACAGAGAGCAGCAAAGUUCCUACACUUUUGACGUUAAGGCAGUAGAUGGAGGACAAACUCCAAGCUCCUCCACAGCAAAAGUUACUAUAAACAUCAUGGAUGCUAACGACAACAGCCCUGUAGUUAUCUACCCUCCAUCCAACACAUCCUUCAAGCUUGUGCCUCUUUCAGCCAUUCCAGGUUCAGUAGUGGCAGAGGUUUUUGCUGUGGACAUUGACACAGGGAUGAAUGCUGAACUCAAAUACACUAUUGUUAGUGGAAAUGUCAAAGGGUUGUUUAGGAUAGACCCCGUAACAGGCAACAUUACACUAGAAGAAAAACCAUCUGCAACAGAUGUUGGCCUUCAUCGCUUAGUGGUCAACAUAAGUGACCUGGGCUACCCUAAACCUCUCCAUACUCUAGUACUUGUCUUCUUGUACGUUAAUGAGACUGCUGGCAAUGCCUCCUUCAUAUAUGACUUGAUAAGAAAGACUAUAGAGACACCUCUAGACACAAACAUUGGGGACAGCAGUCAGUCCUACCAAAAUGAGGAUUAUCUCACUAUCAUGAUAGCCAUAGUGGCAGGUGCAAUGGUCGUGAUAGUGGUAAUUUUUGUCACUGUUCUUGUCCGAUGUCGACAUGCAUCAAGGUUCAAGGCUGCCCAGAGGAGCAAGCAAGGGGCAGAGUGGAUGUCACCAAACCAGGAAAACAAGCAAAAUAAGAAAAAGAAAAGGAAGAAAAGGAAGUCACCGAAGAGUUCUCUGCUGAACUUUGUUACCAUUGAGGAAUCUAAACCAGAUGAUACAGUUCAUGAACCUAUCAACGGGACAAUUAGUCUUCCAGCCGAGCUGGAGGAACAAGGGAUUGGACGUUUUGACUGGGGCACAGCUCCCCCGACUACCUUCAAGCCUAACAGCCCUGACCUUGCUAAGCAUUACAAGUCUGGCUCUCCGCAGUCUGCUUUUCAUCUUAAAGCAGAUACUCCAGUGUCAGUAAAAAAGCAUCACGUGAUUCAGGAACUCCCUUUGGACAACACCUUUGUUGGGGGUUGUGACACCCUCUCCAAACGCUCUUCCACUAGUUCAGAUCACUUCAGUGCCUCAGAGUGCAGCUCCCAGGGAGGCUUCAAGACAAAAGGUCCCUUACACACCAGACAGGGUGGCACCACUGUACAUUGCAACUGCCUCGCUUGUACUGCAACUUUUUUGCACACUCCCAGCGACUAUGGAAAACUCAUUUAUAGAACCGAUCCUGCCUCAACUCUAGCUGCAGACACCUUUUCGCCGACCCUGGUUUUUUCCGUUAGGGGGCAAGAUUUACCAUUACAGGACAUACUAAAUGCAUCAUGUGAGAACAACGCUAUCCAGUCCCACCGCCGUGUUACAUUUCACCUCCCUGAUGGUUCCCAAGAAAGCUGCAGUGACAGUGGACUUGGAGACCAUGAGCCUGUGGGUAGUGGAACUCUGAUCUCUCACCCUCUCCCUCUGGUUCAGCCACAGGACGAAUUCUACGACCAAGCCUCUCCAGACAAGAGGACUGAAGCUGACGGUAACUCCGAUCCCAACUCUGAUGGACCUCUUGGACCUAGAGGAUUAGCAGAAGCUACAGAAAUGUGUACACAAGAAUGUCUAGUUUUGGGACAUUCUGAUAACUGCUGGAUGCCUCCCAGUCUUGGUCCAUAUCAGCAACCAAAAUCACCUCUUUCCUCUUUUGCACCUCAAAAUGAUUGGCUUAAGAAGGACAAAUUGGUUAAUGGACACACAUUGACAAGAAACUGGAAAGAAGACAGCAACAAAAAUCAAUUUGAUGACCGAAAUCAAUAUGGUAGCAGUGAUGGACACUUUACAAGUGGUAAUCAUAUGAGUGACAUUCCCUUGGCUACUUUAAAGUCCUAUAAGCAAGUCUCAGGUGCUCUGGAAAGCUCAAAGGAGCAACAACUAUAAAAUAUCUUUUUGGACAAGUGACUUUAGCCAAAAUAGGUUUGCUAAUGUGUGUCAAAGCUUCACGUACUGGGUAGACCUCUAGAACUAUGCUUCAUUUAACAAAAAUAUGCAUAUAUUUGUGUUGGCACCACUAAAAUGUGGUGUUCUAAUCUGUGAAUAUAAUAUUUCUAGAUGUGUUUAUUUUGGUGAAUGUAGAUACAAACAUGUUCCGUUUUAAUUUUGGUUUUUAAACAUUUAUAUUUUACCCUGGACUGCUGCUAAAAUUGCAGGAGGUGUUUUACUAUAAAGAUAAAGGAAUAGGGAGACAGAUUCUGUGUGGAUUGCUGUAGUUGAAAAGCAUAUACAAUUAGAUUAAUUGUCCUCUUGUUGUUGUUAAUCUGUGCUGGAACAUUUAUACUUGACAUCAUACUUUGAAACAAACCAGCUAAAUCUUUAAAGAUUAAACCUAUUGUGCUAUUAAAAAUUUUAGUGGACACUUGUACGUCAAUCAGUGUUCAAAAAACUGUAUAUAGAAACAAGUUACUACUAACAACUUUGUGUGCUUAUAAUGUUCACUUAUAUAUCGUAGCAUAAUUUUGUGUCGAAGUUGCAUUCUGUUAAUUUUGUUUAAUCAGGAUUUUUUUUUCAGUGUUCAGUGUUUCAGCGUAUCCGUCUAACAUAUACUGUUUCAACUAUUUCAAAACACUUGUGUUAAAGUAUAGAAGAUCAUGCUUCUAUUGUGGUAGAAAAGUAUUCUGUUUCAUUGGCAAUUAAAACUGUUCUCCAAAAAAAAGAUAUAUUUUUUUAACCACAGUUCUUUUUUUAAUGCAUAAUAGAUACAAAAAUAAAAAAUUGGGAUAGAGUGUAUAAAUUAUUAAUUACAAUUAAACAAAUACAAAUACUACAUAUUCUUCACUGUUUUAAAAACAACAAAAAAAAUGAGAAAAUGUGUUAUCAAUUUGCAUAGGAAAACAGUUUACAUUGCUAAUAUAACAGCUUUUGUUGCUUGUGUAUUGUUAUAACACAAGUGUUUUUAUACUACACAAACUAUUUAACGUGUUGUGCCUCCAUAGUGUAACAGAGCAUUCUCCAAGUAGGCCAGUAGGCAAAAAUGAUUAGAUAUCAAUUUUAUUGUUAAAUGCUGUUUGUUAACAUCAUUGGCCAGUUCUUGGCAAGAAGAAGUAUCAUGUCACUAUUAAGCCAAAAGUGAAUUCUGGUGUCCAUAGAAUAUCAGUUGCACGUAGACAUUAAUUGGAACAUUCUAUCAAGAUUUAAGUUAAGGCAUGACAGACAAUUAAAGCAAAUAAAUAGCAUGCAAAAUUCCUUACCGAAAAAAAUAUCUUAUGCCACAGUUAAACAUUUAUGAAAACGUUUGUUAAUUGGAUGGUUCUUUGUUUUUAUCCAAAAAGUAUAUUUUGUGUAUAGCAACUCACAAUUUUAUCCACAAUAUAGGCGUGAAAAGGGGGUGGGGUUGCAUUGCUUAUUGCAGUACUUAUGUCAGUUUGUGAGGGUUGUUUGAUGAUUAUGACAGAAUACGUAUCUAACCAGUUAAUCUUGUUACUGCUUUGCCAGUUCAACGUUA